GCAGCCGCUAUAUAUUGCUAAAAGCUUGGGACGUCUUAACACUGCUGCAAUCCCUAGCACCGAGAACUCAGUGCCGCCUGCCUCUCUAGCUCUCUACAUUUCCGACUUCCAGGUAAGCGGUAAAGAUGGCAGAAGCAGCUGUGGUGGCUCCACCAAAUCCGGAAGUUAAUCAGCCACACCACGAUGUCAAGCUCUUCAAUCGCUGGACUUUCGAGGAUAUUACCGUAAAUGACAUUUCUCUUGCUGACUAUAUUGGAGUCCAAGCUAAGCACGCUACAUAUGUCCCACACACAGCUGGGAGAUACUCUGUCAAGCGUUUCAGGAAGGCCCAAUGCCCAAUUGUUGAAAGGCUUACAAACUCACUGCAGAUGCAUGGCAGAAACAACGGAAAGAAACUGAAGGCUGUGACCAUUAUCAAACAUGCUAUGGAGAUCAUUCACCUUUUGACUGACCAGAACCCAGUCCAAGUUAUUGUUGAUGCUGUUGUCAACAGUGGGCCUCGUGAAGAUGCUACUCGUAUUGGCUCAGCUGGUGUUGUCAGGCGUCAGGCUGUUGAUAUUUCACCUCUUAGACGUGUAAACCAAGCCUUGUAUCUCCUUACCACUGGUGCUCGUGAGGCUGCUUUUAGGAACAUCAAGACCAUAGCUGAAUGCUUGGCUGAUGAACUUAUCAAUGCAGCCAAGGGUUCCUCAAACAGCUAUGCCAUCAAGAAGAAGGAUGAGAUUGAAAGAGUUGCCAAGGCCAACCGUUGAAGAAUCUAUUUAGAAUGGUGGGUGGAGUUUUGUUAUUCCUUAGACAAUUUUUUUUUUAAACUUUUUGAGGGUCUUAAUUAUUUGGACAUGUGUUUGCUGUCCCUGGCAGAGAGGUUCUUGCUUAUUUUUGGAGUUCCAUUAUAAUGUUAAGAAUGCAGUAGCAACUUUAAUUCUUGCUGUGUUUUUGGUUCUUCUUGAUGGUUGGGGGCGGCUUGUUUA